AUGUUACGGGGUUUGCUGCUUACUCUCUCUGUAGCUGCUAUUGCUCAUGCUGAGCUCUGCAAGCCAGAUGCUCAGAAUGCUUUCAAAGUACGGCUUAGUAUCAAAACGGCUUUGGGAGAUAAUGCAUAUGCCUGGGAUGCUAAUGAAGAGUACCUCUUCAAAGCAAUGAUAGCUUUUGCAAUGAGAAGAUAUUCCAGCAAGAGCAUGACUCAAAUUUCCAAUGUGUUGCUCUGCAAUGUGACUGACCGGGUGUCCUUUUGGUUCGUGGUCACAGAUUCUUCAAAAAAUGUGACAACUGUUCCUGGAAGUGAGGUAGAAGCAGCCAUCAGGAUGAACCGGAACAGAAUCAACAGUGCCUUCCUAUUGAGCGACAAAACACUGCAGUUUGUGAAGAUAACCUCAACCUUAUCACCUCCUGUGGAACCCUCCACACCUGUCUGGCUUAUUGUAUUUGGUGUUGUUCUUUGUCUUAUUUUGGCUGGAAUUGUUUUCCUCGUUGUUGCAGGGAUUCAUCAACGCAAGAAAAAGAAUAAAAAGUCAACAGAGAGAGAAAAUAUAGAAGAGAAAUGUGAAGUGACAAUAACAGUAGAAAAUGGGAUUCCUUGUGAAGCGCUGGAUUUAAAAGCAGGCCACAUUAAUGGAGUCUUUGCAGCAGAUGAUGAACGGUUCACAUCCUUAUGA